UUUUGACUGAAUUGAAUUCUGCAGACAUGUGAUGCCGACCUCUGGAUUCUGGAUGUCAGUCCAUGUUUCCCGGGGUCAUGUCAUGACUCGUGGGUAUGGCGGAGGAGGCCUCUCCGUCAGCACCUGGAAGCAAAAUUGCGGCUUGCUUGGUGUGCUGUCAAUGCUUGCCACAUUCAAGACGUUUUCAUUACAGCUGUCAUGCCGCCCUCGUGCAGGAGACUCCAGCUAUCCAUUGGAACCGUGGCUCCUGACACCAGUGCCCGGACGACCAGCUCGGGGCACCCCUGAGAACCACUACAACAAGGCCCACACCGCCAUGUGCAAUGUUGUGGAGAGGUGCAUCGGGGUCCUAAAGAGCAGGUUCCAAAGCUUACAGCGUUACCGGACACUGCUCUACAACCCCGAUCGAGCAGCCAUCAUUGCUGCUUGUGCAGCUCUGCACGACAUUGCAUUGGCAGCACAUGAGCCUGUUCUCGAAGGGGACGAUGACGACACCGACGAUGCUGAGCUGUUGCCAGCAGCAGCUGAGCUACCACCACCACCACAACAGGAGCCAGCAGCAGCGCAACCGCGUAGUGAACCUAUUUCGAGGAUCACAGGGCCUGCAUACUCAGCACCUGCGCAGAGUACGCCGCCGCCUGCAACGACCUCGGCAGCAUUGUGUGGUGGCUUCCGCUGCAAUGAGGGCCCAGGCGAGGGUACCAACGCCUUGCAGCUCGUGGACCACGUCACCGAGAAGUUGAACCUGGCAGUCGGCAGCUUUCCAAUGAUGCCUGGCCCUGCCGCCUGGUGUUUGCGGCUAGUAACUCCAGCGCCUCGGCCUGCCGGUUGCCCACAUCUCCCAGCUGCGGCAUGAGCUGGAAACCAAGAAAUGUGUUGCCAUUAUCAUCUAUGAAUUUCCUGCUACCGACUCUUCGCUGGAAGCUUCUGUUCGUGAAGAGUUUCAGUGUGUGCAACAAUUUCCUCUCUUGAAAAUCCACUGACCCAACGGCAUCCAUGAAUGGUGCUUAGUUCACCGCAGAACCAAUGCACUUCGUUUGGACAGACCAAAGCGGUGCCGGAAUUAAUUUUCGCUCUUCUCAUCAAAUGCAUCUCAUCAAAUGCAUUUCUCAUCAAAUUCACUUCUCAUCAAAUGCAUUUCGUUCAUUUUUAUCCCUUUGUGGCCUGGUACCCAGAUUAAUC